AUGAUCGUGCAAGAUUUAACUACCCGAGAUCCGGAUUAUCGGUACAAUUUCUAUCACAACACCCCAGGAAUCGCUGGCAACGCGGUGUUUUUGGCACUAUUUUUGGUGCUUGUAAUCUCACAUUUAUUCCUUGCUUUAAAAUAUAAACAGAGAUGGCUAGGAUUAUGCUUAUUCUUGGGAGAAUUGCUUGAGAUUCUAGCGUACGGCGGAAGAUUAGGGAGUCAUAACAAUCCUUACGACAGAGGACUCUAUAUUUUGCAGAUGUUUGGAACCACCAUCGCACCGAUUUUCAUAGUGGCGGGUUAUUAUUAUUUAUUCGCGAAAUUUGUGGUAAUCUAUGGCAUCAAGUACUCAAUUUUCAAAAAUCCAAUCAUGUAUUCCUAUCUCUUCAUGAGUUGUGAUUUGUUUUCAUUAAUUUUACAAGGGGGAGGAGGAGGAGUGGCAUCAGCAGAAUCUAGUAGCCAUUCUAAUUCCAAAGUGGGUAUUCAUAUAAUGAUUGGUGGUCUUGUGUUCCAAGUUGUUUCAAUGACGGUGUUUUUGAUCUUUUGGUGUUUGUUUUUCUACAGAAUAUAUUUCCAAUCUGAUAAGGAAAUCGAUCCAAUGAUUGUCAAAACUCAGAAAAAAUCAUUCAAUCACACUUCAUACAAGGAUCAUUUGUUCAAUCCUGAAUUCCAAGAACUUCGAGGAAACAAGAACUUCCAAAGACUACCAGUUGUUGUGACGAUUGGCUUCAUGGCAAUUUUCAUUAGAUGUUGCUAUAGAGUUGCAGAAUUGUGCCAGGGUUGGUCUGGAUACUUGAUUAUACAUGAAGCCUUUAUUCUAGUUUUCGAUGCAAUGUUCAUGUUUUUCUCUUGUGCGAUUAUUACGUGGCCAUACUAUCCUGGGUCGGUGUUCCAGGGUCACAAGAUUAUAGUAGCUAAAGGUCUAUGGCAUUUUGAAAGUUCACAGGUGAUUGAUAUUGGUGAGAAAGUAAUCGAUGGUGAAAUCAAAUAG